CAAGUAAUCGGUUUAACCACAUACGAGAAGAAGCAGCACAUUACGCAAAAGGUGUUUCGGCUUAAAGAUUAAUUGUUUAUGAAAAAUGUCGCUGCUCAGCGCACUUGCCCGGCUCAGUCUACAGAGCAACAGUGUUGCCGCACGUUUCCUGCACACAUCGCCAGUGCUUUGCGCCGAACCCUUGAAGAAAAAGAAAAAACUCGACCCGCAAAUCAUAAAACAGAGAGAGGACCGUAAGAAAAAGAAAAUCGAGAAGCAGAUUCGCAGGCUAGAGAAGAAUGCGCGUCAACUGAAGCCGGUGGAAGAACUGGAGGUGCCUUUAGAUUUAAUUGACAACAAGGCUCAACGAGAACGAAAGCUUACUCCUUUGAGCGCAGAAGAGCUAGAACAGCGGGCACUGCUGAAGAAACAAUGGGCCCAAUACAAGCACGAGCAGAAGGUGGCAGAUUUCCAAAUUAUUGACCGCUUGGUCCAAUCACAAAACAAAGCGCUGGAGGAGCUACGACGUGAGUCCGAAGAGCUUUACCAAGCGGCCAUUGCAAUAGACAUGACACUGCUGCCCGUCUCUGUAAAAGGACCCGUCGCAACGCCCCCUAUCAAAGGCUAUAUAAGCCCUGACGGCGACUACAUACACCAGACAAUGAAGUGGGAAUAAAACG